CUUGUUUUGGAGGAAGCAGUCCCUUGGCGACGCUUCAAAGCUGCGGCUUUAACACGAAUUUCCGUGUAUUGUCCGAAUCGUGAUGAGGAAAAGGAAACGUGUGAUCAGGGGCUGAGCUCGAUAUAAAAAAGCCAGCGGCCUUGCCGAGCUGCUGUGUGUAGCCCAGGCGUUCAGCAGCCCACAGCCAGCGACCCCGAUCGGCUCCCCGACCAAAUGUCAGCGGCAAUCGAGAGGAAAUCGCUGGAGAAUGCGGAGGAAACAGUGGAUGAGGUUCUGCAGAUGCCUCCAUCGUUAUUAACAUGUGGCGGUUGUCAGCAGAAUAUUGGAGAUCGUUAUUUCCUGAAAGCCAUUGAUCAGUAUUGGCAUGAAGACUGUCUGAGCUGUGACCUGUGCGGCUGUAGACUGGGAGAAGUGGGGAGGAGACUCUACUACAAACUUGGCAGAAAGCUUUGCCGCAGGGAUUAUCUCAGGUUAUUUGGCCAAGAUGGACUUUGCUCUGCCUGUGAUAAACGAAUCAGAGCCUAUGAAAUGACAAUGCGAGUAAAGGAUAAGGUUUAUCACCUGGAGUGUUUCAAAUGUGCUGCAUGUCAAAAACAUUUCUGCGUGGGAGAUAGAUACCUGCUCAUCAACUCAGACAUUGUCUGUGAACAAGAUAUUUAUGAAUGGACUAAACUCAAUGGGAUGAUCUAGAAUUACUCCAGAUAUCCUUCAAUGCUGAGUUUUGUAAUCACUGUGUAUAUGUGAAUUUAUGCAUUUGUAAGGGACUGUAAAUGUUAAGAUCUUGUACAGAUAUUUUAUCAAUAUAAGCUGUGACGUUAUACGUGAUUUACUGCGAGCUAUUAACUUCUACAGCUUUAUUAAAGAGAGUGAAAUUUAA